UCCUCUGAAAUUUGCUCGCAAACAUUUUAUUUAAGAGAUAUUGACCUCUUAAGUUACUGAACUAUAUAUAGGAAUGAUUAAUAUCAAAAUAUCUCUUUGUUUUACUCUGAAGCAAAAAGUGUACCAAGUGUCCGCUAAUGAACUUCAAUCAUUAAAAUGGAAGAUAAUGCGAAGAAAUUACAGACGCAUAAUGUUCGUCAUUCAUUCUUUUUUUGAUAAAAGAGACACAAUGCUUGUCUUUUACGGCUUGAAGCCAUCAUUUUGAACAAAACAUUUAUUAAUUACAUUUUGAUUAUUAAGACAAUAAAGGGGAAAUACGUAGAUUAUUUCGACAUUAUUUAUCCCUUUGUUCUGUAACUUAAGAAAUCAAUAGUUUUUAAACAAAAUGUUUGUGAGUAAACUUUCAGAGGAAACUUUUAUUUAUUUUGAGAUCGUAAAUUCAUUUUUUAAAUUUGACAGUUUAACUCGGGAUCACUUUGCGCGCGCGCACACGCACGUAUGUAUGUAGGUAUGUAUAUAGAAUGUAUAGUACUGACAAUGUGAAAUAUUACGAAAGUCUUGAUGUAAUAAGAAUAUUAAUUUGCGAUGUAUAUAUGUGCUGUGAGAUCGCAAGGAGCAAAGUACAAAAUGAUUAUCAGUUACAAGUUAUUCACUAUCUAUUUUUGUUGUUGUAUACUUCGUGGACCAAAAUAUCGUGGAGAAAUAUGUAACACAACACACACACAUUGCUGUUAUCGAGUAUAUACAUACAUGUGUGUGCGUGUGCGUGUGUGUGUUUGCGCGCGCAUACACACACACACACACACACACACACACACUUCUUGACAAUGAGUGUAAUACUUAAUUAGAAAUAAAACAUUAAACAUAUAUUGGUCAAAAAUUGUUUCUUGGCAAACCUUGCUUUUUAUCAUAGUAGAAAUGGUGUAACAUAGUGUGCGCGCGCACGUAUUAUAUAAUCAUUAUACUUAGUACAAUAUAAAAUUGCAUAUAGGGGCGCGUCUAUUCUAGUCUUCAGAAGAGUUUCCAUAGUAAUAGCAGCAAACAAAGCGAGAAUCGAACGAGCCGACAAUGGAUAAGAAUUUCUGACCGGUUAUUAUCGGUUUUAAACAAUUAGUUAAGCAAUCUGGAAUCUGUACAACGUAUAAUCAUGAAAAUUAAUAUGUGUGACGUAUACGACGGUACCAGUGGUGAAACAAGAAAAUAAAUAAGUAUGGAUAAUGUUACGUAUGAUAAGAUGGAGAAUAAAACUGCAUCUUUGACUGCCAACGCGCUUAAAAUGCCAUCGUGGUUGAUGGAGAUGACCGACAAUGUAGAGAAGAUUAAUACAAGUAACGAUGCCAAAUCAAUAAAAAUGGAAACAUUUGUUUUAAUCAAUGAUCAGCAUCAUUUAAAAAAUAUCACCAUCAAGAAGGAAGAUGAAGAUACAAACAAUCAACCUAAUAGCUAUCAAUCAAACUUGAGCCAUCUUUAUAUCGAUGCUAAUAUUACAUUACAAACACCAUGCACGAGCAAAUCACUGCCGAAUACACCAAAGAGCGAACAAGUACAAGUUAAACGAAGAACACGCGCUUGUUCUGCCGUUGUGAAUGCAAAGUAUCGUACGAAGAAUGAUUUUCAUGGUUUGGACGCAUAUUUGGAAAGAAAACAGAUGGAAAAGCAUGGGAUGUAUUUGACAUUCGGAAAUUAUAACGAUGAUAAAACUGGCGAUGAGGAUCAAUCUUAUUUUGAACAUCAAAUAUCAAGUGUCCCGAAUCGUGCAGAUACACGAUUACAUUUGUCAGAUGACAAUUAUCUUAACGAUUCUAUAUGUAGUACACAGAAUGAAGGAAAUCCGAAAUUAUUAUCUGAUAAACUAUACAGAAAUUUUAUUAUUCCUGAAUUACCAUCCGGAGACUCGUUGGUCAUUGAUAUUAUUUCUACCUGGGGCGACAAACAUUACGUAGGUCUCAAUGGUAUUGAAAUUUUUUCAAAUACUGGAGAACCAGCGAGAAUAAAAGAGAUACGUGCACAUACGACAAGCGUUAAUCAAUCACCGAACAAUGAUCAUCCUUAUACAAUAAAUAAUUUAAUUAAUGGUAUCAAUCGAACAAGAGACGAUGCAAAUUUAUGGCUAACACCUUAUUCAAAUGGUGACCAUCAUUAUGUUUACAUGAUAUUUGAAUUCACGAUUACUAUAGCGAUGAUCAGAAUAUGGAAUUACAAUAAAUCUAGAAUACAUUCCUUUCGAGGAGCCAAAGAUGUUAUUAUUAAAUUGAACGAUAUUAUUAUUUUUUACGGAGAAAUCGCUAAAGCUUCAGGAGAUGAUAUGGGUAGCCUUGAUUCUUUUGGAGAUACUAUAUUAUUUACGACGGACGAAAAUAUUCUGGAAUUGAUAUCAAAACAUGAUAAUACAUUCAUAGAAUUCAAUAAUGGGACAUCAGAUUGUGAAGAGAAAGAAAUAAUUCGCCCAAUAACAGCAACAAUGACCAAUGAUCAAAUUGUUUCGGCGAGACGUAAUAAUAGCGACGAUUCUAUUGAAAAUUCUCCCAACGCGUAUACCAAUAGCAAAAUUCGCAAUACCGCUGUUACCCCUCUAUCUUGCCGAGAGGUUCAGUUAAUUAUCCUUUCUAAUUGGGGAUUACAGCAUUUAGUUGGCCUCACCGGUAUAGAAUUAAUCGGGGAUCAAGGUGUAGCAGUCCCGUUAGUAAGUGCCAAUUUGCAUUGUAACGCGGCUGAUACGCAUUUAAUGAGACUAAUUGAUGGGCAUAAUGUUACAACCGAAAUGGAUUACAUGUGGCUAGCGGAUUUAAUGUUAAAUAAGAAGAUUAUGAUAACCAUUACUUUCGAUAUGGAUGUGUUCCUGACAGGAAUUCGAAUUUGGAAUUACAAUGCAUCUUUGGAGUUGUCUUAUUGCGGAGUGAAACAGUUAUUAAUUAAAUUAGACGGUAGACAGUUGUAUGACGAGAAUUAUUCUGAUGGCUUCCUAUUGAGACGUGCGCCGGGAUCUUGUCAUUAUGAUUUUGUCCAAGAAAUUAGUUUCCUUAAUCCACCUAAUCGAGAACAAUCUUCGAAUCAAAUCAUCGAUCCAAUUACAAAAUCACUCGAAGGUAUAUGUCAUUCAGAGACGGCGUGUAAAGCAGAAUUCGAGUCUUUCGAUUCCAACUACGAAGCUCCGUCGAUGCCACGCGGAUUCGUUUAUCAAAUAAUAAUUUUCUCUACAUGGGGAGAUUCUUACUACGUGGGCCUCAAUGGAAUACAAUUAUAUGAUAAUUAUGGAAAAGAAAUCAAAUUAACUGCAGAUAAUGUAGCUGCAUUUCCCGAAAGCGUCAACAUAAUAGAAGGAAUAGACAACGAUAUUCGUACACCAAACAAACUUAUCGAUGGGAUAAAUGAUACUCGAGAUGGACGACAUGCCUGGCUGGCUCCUAUACUUCCUGGACAAACAAAUCGCGUGUAUUUAAUAUUUUAUCAUCCCAUUAUGGUAUCAAUGAUCAAAAUCUGGAAUUAUGGAAAAACCUCACAAAGGAGAGUUAAAGAAUUUGCAAUAUUAGUAGAUGACUUGCUAGUUUACAAUGGGACAUUGGAUAAACAUAACUUAUACGGAUUGGUAACGUUUGUAAAGGAAAACAGCAAUGAGAAUUUAGUAAAUCGUUCAGAGCAAGAGAGUCGUCUUUUAAACUUACGAAGAAAUACCUCGGGCACUAAUUCAUUACCGGAUCCAUCCUUGCGCCCGCAUACAUCUUUACAAUUUAAAUAAUCGUAACGCUAUAGAUAUUUAUCAAUACAUAUUAAAAUGUAUUUAUAUUUUUAUACUUACAGAUUACCGAGAUGAGACUUUCAUCUUUAUAUUAGUGUUCCGUUGAAAUAAUUAAUGGCAUUAAACACACACACACACACACACACACACACACACACACGUCCUGAAAUUCGAUAUCAUUGCAGCGUGAAAUUUUGUGAAAAAUUAAGUGAUAAAAGUGUAAGUCAUUUUCCAUAAAGUAAUUUUUUAAAUAUAAACAUUUAAAGUUUAACUAUGAUAGGACAGUGCGCGUGGCAAUAUUUGUGAUUAGUAUCUAAUAUCAUUGCAUUCUAAUAUCAUAACAUCAUAUGAAUAUGAUUUUUUAACGCUUUGCAACGCGCUUAUGAUUAUUAAUUGAACUUAAACGUUUAUUCUAAAACGUUUAUAUUAAAAAUCUACUUUAUGGGAAAAAAUGGCUUAUACUUUUAUCACUUAAUUUUUUACGAAGUUUCAUGCUGCAAUAAUAUAUUAACCUCAAAUUUCGAGUUACUCUGUGCGUACAAUACACGCGCGCGCGCAUGCACGUACACUGGGUGUGUGCGGUAAAAACCGUAACGACUUUACGGGUAUAUUCCUGAGAGCAUUUGAAACAGAAAAUUCUAAUACUAAAAUGUCGAGGGUAUAAUAAUUUUUAAAUUUAUAUAAGCACUUAAAGUUAGUGAAGAAUCAUACCGCCUAAAGUUCGCGCGCUUAGGUAGGCUGGAUUUUUCGUUGUAUCACAUCCGAACGCGCGAACUUUAGGCGAUAUGAUUCGAUAACUUUAUUAAAGCCUCGACAUUUUAGUAUUAUAAUUUUCGUUUCAAAAUAAUCUUAGGAAUUUAUCCUUAAGCAUAAUUGUUAUGAUCUUUAUCAAACAUCCUGUAUGCAUCAAUGUGUAAUAUUUAUGUAUUGUCAUAUUUCAGCAAUAACUAUCCCGUACGAAUAUUAGAUGUAACGUACAAAAUAUACACAUCAAAUAUA